AUGCCCUCCAUUCUAAGUGACGCCGACAAGGAAACUGUUAAGCGGAAUGUCCCCAAACCCGCCAACAAGAUCCUCGCUGUGGCUGUCGCGCGACUCUACGUCGCCUAUCCGGAUGCACAGAAAUGGACAUAUACCGGAAUUCAAGGGGCUGUCGUCCUCUGCAAUGACCUUGUGGGAAGGACUUUUUGGCUUAAAAUUGUCGAUGUCUCGCCCGCUGGUAAAGGCGUGAUCUGGGAUCAGGAGAUCUAUGACAACUUUGCUUACAACCAGGACCGAACCUUCUUUCAUACAUUCGAGCUCGAAGCCUGUCCCGCCGGCCUGUCCUUUGUCGACGAGAAGGAGGCCAAGACGUUUAUCAAGAAGGUGCAUGAGCGCGAGAAGCAUGCAAGUAAAGAAACCACCAAGACUCCUUUCGCAUCUACUCGAGGCCAGGGACCUGCCCCUGUUACCAAUGGGAAAGUAGGACGGUCUUUGUUUGGUAGCUUGUUACAUCGUUCAAACCCAGCUCCAAUUACACCAGCGCCGACAGUCCCUGCGCCUUCGAUACAGGUUGCUCCUCCACCUCCGAUGUUGUCCCCAAGCCCGCCACCAGCUAAGCCGGAUUUACCUUUUGAUACGAGUGACCCCUCUUGGAAAGGGCUGCUGGAUGAGCUUAAGGGGAUGGGAAUUACCGAAGAUCAAAUUGCCGAGAAUUCUGAAUUCAUCAAAACUUGGAUUGACCAGAAGCAGGCAGCGGCGGCCGAGCCUGCUCCUGUCGAGGAUCACAAUAAGCCGAAGGCUGCUCCUCCACCGCCACCUCCUGCACCUCCCGCUCCGAAAGUAACCUCGAUCAGUCCUCAGGAUACGGGUUCCAGCUCGACAAGCAGACGGGGACCGCCACCGCCGCCGCCGUCACGGAAGACACGUUCUGAAGCACCAGAAGAACCGGUUUCCCUCCUCCCCCUCGUGAGCCAUCUCCGCCUGCGCGAAGAUUCAAUGCACCGCCUCCAAUUGCAGACGCAGGAAAAUUCGCAGAACCCGCCGGCCCUGUACCUCCACGGCGUCCACGCGCAAUUUCGAACGUUAAUGCUGGGCCUCCGCCGCCCCCGCGACCACCAAAGACACCGAUGGACGAUAGCCAAUAUAAUCAAUCAAGUCAAUCUCGAUUUGGGGUACCGCCGCCUUUCUCUGGUGACCGCAAGGUGUCUGCGCCACCGGCACCCCCCAGCCGUAGCCCUGCACCAGGUGGCCCUCCCCCUCCCCCGCCUCGCACAGCAAGCCCAGCAGCACCGCCCCAACUGCCUCCCAAAGUGCCGCCCAUGGCCACUACAACUGGACCUCCUCCUCCACCCGCUAGAGGCCCUGUUUCACCCCCACUUCCACCCCCCACCAGCGCCUCGACCCGUGCCAGUUGCGCCGUCUUCUCCUGCAGCAGCUCCUCCACCACCACCAAGAGGACCAGUUGUGCCUCCCCCUGCCCCGCCCUCCGCGCCGCCCUCGGCACCUACGUAUUCUCCUAGCAUUCCCCCACCUCCGCCGCCUCCGCCGCCUGGCUCUGCAGCGCCCGGUGGCCCCCCACCCCCUCCGCCUCCGGGUCGUGGUGGCCCCUCGAUGCCUCCCCCUCCCCCUCCUCCGGCGCCUGUUUCGGGGCCACCGGGUGGACCACCGCCGCCGCCGCCUCCACCGUCUGGGGCACCUGGAGGUGGUGCCCCUCCUCCACCUCCACCCCCUGGUGGUGCUGCACCACCCUUGCCAAAGCCCGCCGGUGGGCACACCGAUCUGCUAGCGUCCAUCCGAGCCUCUGGUGGCCAUGGAGGCGGAGGCUUGCGCAAGGUCCAGGAUACGGAAAAGAAAGAUCGAAGUAAAGCUAUGGUACCCGGCGGUGCUAACGAGUCGUCUGCUACAAGCCCCAAUGCAGGGGGCGCCCCGCAAGGUGGUUUGGCCGGUGCAUUGCAAGAUGCUCUCAACAAGCGAAAACAGAGAGUCAGCGGAAGUGAUGACGAGAAAGACAACGACGAUGAUUGCGGGAUGAUCACAUUCCAAGGCUUUAGUCUGAAUGAAUACUGCAGUAUCACACAAGAGGAAGAGCAGGUUCUUCUAGACCACGAAGCAUGGCUCAUUGAGAGAGAACGCUGCGGCUUCAAGCGGCACUUGCGCAAGUGCAACGAAUGUCGUUUCCGACAUGGUGAACUCUCACAUAUUGUGCAGCGAGGCACAGACAAGGUGCCUAUAGUGCCGAGCCGUCGCCUACCAUUUCCCAGUGCCUUGGACCGAUGUUUCCCAGGUUUUUCUGCCAUAAUGAAAAGUGUGAGACCGACCGCGAAUGCCCCAGUUCAAUGCGUGUAUCGCAACAAGGUUUUUGAUUCUCUCUGGACUAUGUAUAUGCUGCGAUGCCCUGGAUGUUCGCACUGGCAGGAAAUGCGCGCAUUUCGUCUGGGUGCCACUUUCAAUCACUGGAUACCCACCACCAACCCUGCCUCGGACUUCGAAAACUGGGACGGAAGCAAGAUCACCGGAAGUUUCAUUGAUGGUUUAUCCUGUAACCAUUGUUUUGCUAAAUAUCAGGGGCGCGAAAAGCUUCGUGAAGUACUUGUGAAAUGGUUGGACUGCUGCUUGGAUAACGAACGAUGGCGGCUAGGAAAUAUGCUUUUGGGUGGUUGGGAGAGGUUGUUACGACGAUACCAGCGACUUGAGCAGGUAAGCGGCGUCAAAGAGGUUAGAAAGGUCAUUUUGGACAUUCAGCUUGUUGUUGCAAAGUUUCGGAAAGAUCAUGAUUAUCUCAGAAUUGGCCUCGCCGAUAUCUUGACGUUGAGGCUGGGCUUUCGUGAGUGGGCUACCGUGUGUGAGACCUUAGACUCCGUAACUCGAAGCCAGUUGGAACACAACCCUUGGGAUGGUCUGUGGUUUCACAACAAUGAGGUGAUUGAGGCACACUUGAUCUGGGUGAUUCAAUGCAAAAGGGAGAUAAUGGAGAAGGACAAGGGUGAUGACCUGGUUGGCUGGGCACUGAGCCGACAAGGAAAUAAUUUGACUUAA